AUGCGAUACAGUCGGCUGGCAACUAGCCAAGACGAGGCCGACGAGUAUUCUCAUCUUUUACCAAUGCCAGAUUCUGAGCUAGGAAUUGAGGGAUCGGACGACGUCUACCUCCUACCGUCAGUGUCUUCAACGUCAUCGUCGAGUUUCAGCAUGACGCGGUUCGUUUUUGUUCUUUUUUUUUUGAUGAUGUUAAUCGAUGGUCCGUAA